AACGGUGGCGAUGUGUGCGUGGUUAUUAAACAGAUUCUAUAGGUAGCUCAAAAGCACCACCUCCUUAGUUGUAAAAAAUACUACACACCUCACCAUCACCAUCACUAUGAGUAUAUUUUGUGCUUCACAUGCUGCCAUCACCACCAUGGAUUCCGACAUCCACCACCACCCCUCCUCCUCCUCCUCCUCCUCCUCAUCCUCAUCCUCCUCCAAAGGCGGCCGAGCAAUCGACCGCCACAACCCCAUCAUCCAAGACCAAAAAAGACUCACCACCACAACCAUCAACCCCCCUCCUCUUCCUCCUAACAACAAAAAGAAAUCUAAAAACACAAAAACCAACAACGACCAAAAGAGAAAAACUACUGCUUUUGCUGAUGAAAACAACGAGGAACAGUUAGUUACCAUUAAUAAUCAUCAAGUUGUUAGGAGACAAGGAGGAGUGUUGUUAGGAUGGGGUUGCACAAGGCCUGGUGAUUUCAUUAGUCCUGCUAAUUCUUCCAGGUUUUUGUUGUCGGAUAAAGCGUUGUCUGAUCAGUUUGAUCCUCUCUUGAAACAAGUUCCGCUGCCGGCACCACCGCCACCACCGCCGCUGCCGGAGAAAACACAUAAAUCCGAUGAUGAGAAGUUGUUCAAGAAGGGUGACGCUAAUUUACCUUCUUCUCCGGUCAAAACACCACCACGGACGUCGUCGUCUUUGUCCUCACGUUCCUCCGAUCAACAGGUGGUUGUGUUAAAAGUGUCAUUGCACUGUAGAGGCUGUGAAAGAAAAAUGAGGAAACAUAUAUCUAAAAUGGAAGGGGUAACAUCCUUCAACAUAGAUUUCAUGGCGAAAAAGGUGACGGUGGUUGGAGAUGUAACACCGCUAGGCGUUCUCACGAGCGUUUCAAAGGUCAAGAACGCCAAAUUGUUGACGCCCACGACAAUCUCCACACCAACACCACCGGUGGACUCGAAUUUCUCUGAAAUCAAGAAACAAUUAGGAUUCGUUGCGUAACAUUACUAUGGGAUCAUGUUGUGGUGGUUUUAAUCUUGGAGUGUUUUGGUUCAUUUUACCAUUUUUAGUUAUGUUGUGGACAUGAUUUGUGAUUUAGGUGGGUGGACACAACUCUUUAGUAUUCUUGUGACUAGAAAUAAAUAAAGAGAAAGUAAUAAAUUGGAAUAUCAUUAA